AUUUGCUGUUAAUUGUUCUUACUAUUGCUUUUGGUUUUGUUCUGGCAUAUAUUUACUGAUGAUGAUGUAGCUAGAUACAACUUCUAGUUCUUGUAGUAAAGUUACUGUGCGAGAUUCUCAGUUUUUGAAGGUUAAUAUUUCAGCAGUAGAAAGCAAGUAAAAGAAUACGCUGUAGAUUUUGCAGCAUGGAUGAAGAAAACACAAACAAUGAAAACCUGACUAUUGCAUCUAAGAACCGUUCACCUGGAACAGAACCAGAUAGUAGUUCGGCGAACACAGUAGGCCAACAAAAUUCUGAGAAGGCUAAAGUAGAAGAUGAGAAACUCAGCGUCGUUCCAUUUUUCAAGCUAUUUGCAUUUGCAGAUUCUAAAGAUAUUGCGUUGAUGGUCAUCGGUGUAAUUGCAGCUUUUGCAAAUGGAGCGACAAUGCCUAUCAUGUCCAUUAUCAUUGGAAAUCUCGUUAACUCUUUCGGAAAUACGGCAGGAACCACAGAUGUUGUUAAACAAGUUUCAAAGGUAGCGUUAGAGUUUGUCUAUUUGGCUGUGGGGGCUGGUAUAGCAUCGUUCUUCCAGGUGGCCUGCUGGACGGUCACUGGGGAGAGACAGGCGGCACGGAUUCGAAGUUUGUACUUCAAGAGUUUACUUAAGCAAGAAAUCGGUUUCUUUGACAAAGAGACAAAUACAGGAGAAGUUGUUGGGAGGAUGUCAGGUGAUACCGUUCUCAUUCAAAAUGCAAUGGGCGAGAAGGUUGGAAACUUUAUCCAGCUGAUUGGGACAUUCCUAGGAGGUUUUGUAAUUGCGUUCGUCAAAGGGUGGCUUCUCACACUUGUCAUGUUAUCCUCUAUUCCUUUGCUCGUAAUCUCUGGUGCGGUCAUGUUCAUUGUUAUAGCCAAUAUGGCUUCUCGUGGACAGGAAGCUUACUCACAAGCAGGCAUUGUUGUUGAGCAAACUGUUGGAUCAAUUAGAACAGUACGAAACUGUUUCUCUCACACACACCUGCAAUCAUCCACCAACAGAGAACAUGAGCUUCAGUGCCAACAACCACCAAUUUCCUCUCCACCAACCACUAAUUCUUUUUAG